AGAAAGAUCUACGCCAGAUUACGGACGUCUGGAUUACGUCCUUUUUCGAAAGUUUUCUUUUUUGGAUCUUUAUUUAGAUCUUUAAAUCCUCCAUAAUCUUAUCGUUGCGGUGGAGUACAGAAAUAUUUGAUGCCCACUGAGAAGAAGUAUCACCAGUUAUACGAGUGUUUAUAAUCCUUAUAUUUUCCAUAAGUUCCAGGCAAAGACAAGGUUUUUGGCGAUUAGAGUUGUGCAGAUCAAGUAUUUUGUCAAAAAAAGUAAUUUUUGGAUUAAAAAAAGGCAUUUUUCUCCAAAAUGCGUCACAAAGGUCGAAUUUUUGCAUGAAUUUUAGGAGUUUUUUCAUUUCUUGGGAAUUCCCAAAACAAACAAAAAGGAAGGCGAAGCCACGGCGGCCAAUUCCGUGAUUAUAACGUGACCAGAGUCACAUGCCGAACGCCGUAACUAUAUUCACGGCUUUUGUGAAAGUUCAAACCUCUCGAAGCAGUUCGUCCACUUCCCGGUUCCCUCGAUCCACAGUCUUCUUCACAAGCAGAGCAGCAAUGGAUGCCUGCGGCGUGGGGUUGAAGGCGAGUGCUUGUUUCGGCCGAGUGAAGCGGCGAAGUGUCGGGAAUGGGGAAAGCGUGAUUUGGGGCGAAGGGUUUGGAGCGGGUCCGAGAACUAAACAAUCCCCCAAAGCGCCGCAAACCGUGAAGAAGACGGGCUUACGGCUCAACGCCGGGGGGGUUGCAUUCGCCGUUCUCACUUCAGAUGUCAACCAGGAGACCAUGGUUUUCCAUGGACCGAUGUUCAGAAACCGAUCGGCUGAUCCAAAGAGUGUUGCUUCUAUAAUCUUAGGGGGUGGGACUGGCAGUCAGCUGUUUCCUCUCACUGGCACAAGAGCCACACCUGCAGUUUCGGUCGGUGGAUGCUAUAGACUUAUUGACAUCCCGAUGAGCAAUUGCAUCAACAGCAGGAUAAACAAGAUAUUCAUAAUGACACAAUUCAAUUCAGCUUCACUAAAUCGACACAUUUCUCGAACAUAUAACUUCGGGAAUGGAAUCAGCUUCGGUGAUGGAUUCGUUGAGGUUUUAGCAGCUACACAAACCCCUGAAGACAUCGGAACCGGUUGGUUUCAGGGCACGGCAGAUGCUGUCAGGCAAUUCACUUGGGUUUUUGAGGAUAACAAGAACAAGAAUAUUGAACACAUACUAAUUUUAUCCGGUGACCAACUUUACCGUAUGGAUUAUAUGGAUCUUGUUCAGAAACAUAUUGAUACUGAUGCUGACAUCACGAUCUCGUGUGUGCCUGUGGGUCAAAGCCGAGCAUCAGAUUACGGACUAGUGAGGAUGGACAAGUCCGGUCGAAUCACCCAAUUUUGUGAGAAACCCAAAGAUGCCGACCUCGAAGCUAUGAAGAAUGGUGGAACUUUUCUCCGAAUGUCUCACCAAGAUUCUCUGCGAUAUCCAUACAUUGCGUCGAUGGGAGUGUAUGUGUUUCGACGAGAUGUUCUACUAAAUCUUCUAAGGUGGAAUUAUCCAAAAUCAAAUGACUUCGGUUCAGAAAUUCUUCCUUCUGCUGUAAAGGAGCACAAUGUUCAGGGAUAUAUAUUCAAUGACUACUGGGAGGAUAUCGGUACGAUCAAAUCCUUCUUCCAUGCAAAUUUGGCAUUGACAGAACAGCCUCCGAAGUUUCAAUUUUACGAUCCUAUGACGCCUUUCUACACAUCACCGCGAUUUCUACCCCCAUCGAAAAUAGAAAAUUGCAGGAUUGUGGAUGCAAUUAUCUCACAUGGGUGCUUCUUACGCGAAUGUAGAGUCGAGCGUUCGAUAGUCGGAGUGCGUUCGCGGCUAGAUUAUGGCUCAGAGUUGAAGGAUACGAUGAUGAUGGGUGCUGAUACCUACGAAACCGAAUCCGAAAUCGCUUGUCUACUCGCAAGCGAUAGAGUCCCCAUAGGCAUUGGACGCAACACCAAGAUCAGGAACUGCAUCAUCGACAUGAAUGCGAGGAUCGGGAAGAAUGUGGUUAUUGCAAACAAAGAUGGUGUCCAAGAAGCUGAAAGGCCCUCGGAGGGCUUCUAUAUACGAUCGGGGAUCACGAUCGUGGUGAAGAAUGCUACGAUCAAAGAUGGGACAAUUAUAUAGAAGUAUUCCUUGUCACCCUCUUUCGAAAAACUACUACUACUACUACACGAAUGCAAAGAUAUACAUAUUUGUUUAUGGCUUUUGCCUACGAUAAUAAAAUGUCGAUAGAGUCUAGCGACUGACAUCCUUUAUGAUAAAUCAUAUUUGUACAA